AAAGCAGAGCCGAGCCCAGUCGGAGCGCUCAGGUCGGCGGCAGUAAACACGUUUGCUCUCUCACGCUGCGUUUCGGUGCGAACCUUCGCUUCUCGGUUGGGCUCCAGUUAGAACCGGACCGACGUGAGGUGUCAGUGUCACCUGGGGGAUAAGUCCAAACAGAAAAACGUCAGAAGGAAAACAACAACAACAAAAAAAGGUGCUGCGGGGAUCAGAAUGAAGCGCAUCUCCUUACUCUGCCUGUAUGCGCUGGUGGCCCUGUGUGGCCAUCAGGGCGUGCUGUCCGCUUCUCCCUCGUACGGUGAACGGGGCUCUGAUCUGGGCAUACAGGUGUUCCAGCAGGUGGUGCGCUCAAAGCCUCUGGAAAACGUGGUGCUUUCGCCCCACGGCGUGGCCUCAAUCCUCGGCAUGCUGCUGCAGGGAGCCCACGGAGAAACGAGGAAGCAGAUCGUCAGCGCUCUGCGUUACAAGAAGAACGGUCCUUAUAGGAUGUUGAAGAAGCUGCACAAAAACUUGACUGCCAAGUCAAACCAGGACGUGGUGCUGAUCGCCAACGCCAUGUUCGGCCAGAAGGGUUUCCCGAUGGAGGAGAGCUUUGUUGCCACCAAUAAAGCAAACUUCCAGUGUGAGAGCAGGAACCUGGACUUCAGCGACCCCACCGCGGCAGCUGAUUAUAUCAACGAGUGGGUCAGCAACAAGACUAAAGGCCACAUCCCCAGCUUGAUCAAAGCAGACAUGCUGGAUUCAUCCCUGACCCGUCUGGUUGCUCUCAACUCGAUCUACUUCAAAGGCUUGUGGAAGUCCUGUUUCCAGCCCAACGACACCAAGAUGAGGUCCUUCACCGGCGGUGACGGGAAUGUGUACAAAGUUCCGAUGAUGUCUCAGCUGUCCAUCUUUAACUUGGGCAUGGCCACCACACCUCAGGGGAUCAAAUACAGAGUGAUCGAGCUGCCUUACCACGGCAACACCAUCAGCAUGCUGAUCGUGAUCCCCUUUGAGGAGGACACACCUCUGUCCAGCGUCAUUCCACACAUCAGCACAGCCACCUUGCAGAGCUGGGCCAAGCUCAUGCACAUGAGGAAAGUCCGCCUGCUCAUCCCAAAGUUUUCUGCAGAUGCAGAGGUGGACUUGAAAGCUCCGCUCUCGGCGCUGGGAAUCGCAGACAUGUUCAGUCAGGAUGCGGCCGACUUCACACACCUCAGUACCGAGCCAGUGUACGUAUCCAAGGCCCUUCAGAAGUCAAAAAUCAUUGUGAAUGAACAAGGAACGAAGGCAGCCUCUGCCACCACUGCUAUUUUGAUGGCCCGGUCCUCUCCGCCUUGGGUUACAGUGGAUAAACCCUUUCUGUUCCUCAUCAGACAUAACCCAACAGGCACCGUUCUGUUUAUGGGCCAGAUCAACAAACCGUGAGGCCCGCUUUCCCAGAGCAGACAGGCCUGCUAGUUCGUUUAGCACAACCUGACAUGCUUACACACUCCUGCGCAUGAACGCCCAAGCACAAAGAUGUACUGUGGCUGUUGACGUUUGAACAAUGUGGACGUUUGGUGUUAUUUGUUUUAAAUAUUGCUUUUUAUGUUUAUCAUUUUCUGCAACACAUAACAUGCUCUCCAACAUGUUUUGCAGACUAAGUUUUCCUGCUGUUUUUAAUUUUUUGGUGUACUUUUUUGACUUUAUCCUUUUUUUUUUUUUUUUUAAGACUUUAAGUGUCACAUGUGUAAUUUCUUAACACUGGAGUAUGAUGAUCAGUUUAUUUAUGGUGUCUGUUUCAGUUUAAACGUUUCUAUCUCGAGUCAUUUAACUCCAGUCUGUCUGUUUCCCUCUUAAGUUAUGGCAACGUCAUCACGACUUAAAAGACUGCAUUCUUGCCUACUUUAAAGGUUGUUUUUCUCCUUACUGAGAAAGUCUUCUGUUGCUUCACAAGUGGAAACAAAAUAAAAAUCCAUACAUUUAUAACACCA